AUGGCCGCGUCGCAGAUUUGCGACAUUGCCCCCCGAACCACCUGCCUCCUCUUCGACCCGCACCGGCCCGGCCGGGACAGGGCACCCCGCCUGAACAAGAGCGGCUUCCUUCACGGCCUCCCGGUUGAGCGCGUAACGGCCCAACGCUGGCCGCCCCAUCGUCGGGAGGUCAAACUUCCACCGUUGCUGGGCUGGUUGGUCCGGGGAGUGGAGACACUGAACCGUUUUAUUCGGCCGGCUCAUUACCACGACUGGUUUAAUGAAAUAAUCGAUCCAAACUUCGAAUGGAAGUGGACCGGCAAUAGACCUGAACCAGAACUUCAGCCUGAGCCCGAACCAAAACCAGAACCGGAAGCAGAGCCUAAGCCCGAGCCUGAACCAGAACCUGAGCCUGAGCCUGAACCCGAGCCCGAACCGGAACCAGAACCCGAGCCUGAGCCUGAACCUGAACCGGAACCCGAACCUGAGCCCGAGCCCGAACCGGAACCGGAACCGAAGCCUGAGCCUGAACCUGAACCGGAACCCGAACCCGAACCUGAGCCCGAGCCCGAACCAGAACCCGAGCCUGAGCCUGAACCUGAACCUGAACCGGAACCGGAACCCGAACCCGAACCUGAGCCCGAGCCCGAGCCCGAACCGGAACCCGAACCCGAACCCGAACCUGAGCCUGAACCUGAACCUGAACCUGAACCUGAACCUGAACCUGAACCUGAACCUGAACCUGAACCUGAACCUGAACCUGAACCUGAACCUGAACCUGAACCUGAACCUGAACCUGAACCUGAACCUGAACCUGAACCGGAACCGGAACCCGAACCUGAGCCUGAACCUGAACCUGAACCUGAACCUGAACCUGAACCUGAACCGGAACCGGAACCGGAACCCGAACCUGAGCCUGAGCCAGAGCCUGAGCCAGAACCCGAGCCAGAACCAGAGCCUGAACCGGAACCUGAGCCUGAGCCUGAGCCUGAACCCGAGCCAGAACCUGAGCCUGAACCGGAACCUGAGCCUGAACCGGAACCGGAACCUGAGCCUGAGCCAGAGCCUGAGCCAGAACCCGAGCCAGAACCAGAGCCUGAACCGGAACCUGAGCCUGAGCCUGAGCCUGAGCCUGAGCCUGAGCCAGAACCCGAGCCUGAGCCAGAACCCGUGCCUGAGCCAGAACCCGAGCCUGAGCCAGAACCUGAGCCUGAACCCGAGCCAGAGCCUGAACCGGAACCUGAACCAGAACCCGAGCCUGAACCCGAGCCUGAACCCGAGCCUGAACCCGAGCCUGAACCGGAAUCAGAAACGAAACCUGAGCCAGAAUCAGAUUCUGUAUCGGAACCUGAACCUGAACCCGAGCCCGCACCUGAGCAUGAAGCAAAAUCUGAAACUAAACCUGACUCGGAGCCUAAGAAUUAAUGAAUCCCCUUACUUGAGUCAAAACCGUAACCUGAUUAGGAAUCGGCACCCGUCUCAGAGGCUCAAGAAGUUUUUGCUCCGAUUUUAUUCAACUAAUAAGUAUAUUAGUAAUAAAACUAUUUUUUUACGAGUAGUGCUAGGAGGAUAGUUAUUUAUUGAUUAUCAUAAGCACCAUUUUUUUUUUUCGCGGAGAAAGUGCUUUCUUUACCACUAUCUCUGAACUUGAAAGUCUUAGAAGCCCAUGCACACCGAAGGACAACCUCAGCAUCAACGGCAGCAUGAAGCCACCCAUGCUGCCGCCCAUUUCGGGGUUCGCUUAGUGUAUGUGAGGAUCUGUAUAGAGUACUAACCGUAGACAGCCUCUACGGUCCACUCAGGGACCCCCGAUCAUUUCUUUUAGUUGUUAUGACAGGCAUAAAAUAUUGUGGUGGUAUUUCCCAUUCGCUCCUGUGGUGAUAUUUACGGGCGGACAAAAAUUCUGUAUAUUCAUUUUUUCUUCUUUUUUCCACGUUGUUAGAUAUAUCAAAAAGUAUGUAUUGCUCACAGCUUUGUUCGUAUACAAACCAUUAUCCGCUACAAAAGUUUUGAAUCUAUAUUAAAUAUUAGAUUUAAAAUUAAAUUAUUUUCCAUGGAAGCAAAUGUAACCUGGAUAAAAAUAGCCUAUAUAUUAAUGAGGACAUGGAUGGACAUGGAUCAUCCGGUUGCCAUAUUCCAUCUAAGUCCGUUCAGCGGUGUCCACUUUUCCUUCUAACAGACAUCCGAAGUAUUGAAACGUUUUCCCAAACAUUCUCAUUUAUAAUAUAAGUAAGAAGUAAGAUAAGUUAAGAUAUACGGGUCAAGUUUCGUUACAAUAUAAAUAGAUAUGUAGUUGACGUGGUCAUCUAUUUCAUUUAUCUAGCUUGCCGGAUACAAAUAAAUUAUUUUUACAACAAA